AUGCGGCGGCCUGGCCGCAAGCGCCAGGGAAUUGUAGAUGCUAAGCCUAUGAGACCAGCUUGGCGGGAGCGCGUGAAGGACAAUCUGGAGGCGCAGACGUCUGCUGGUGUAGAAGAAGUGGAAAAACGGUGCAGAAGUUUUUUCGCUUUUGACACGGCCUCGCAGUUGCACGGGUGCAUCGAAGAACGGAUGCGCUUCGCCAGUAGACAGCUGGUGGAGCCGCGGUGGCGGCUUCUCGCCCUCCCCUCGUGGUUCUGGUCUGCGGGCCCCGUGAACAGCUUCCAGAAUCGUACUAUCCGAUUUCCCCCUUCGCCACCUGUUACGCAGCUCCUAACAGAGGGGCUCUAA